AAAACACCCUUUCAUCUCCUCCUAUCCUGUCAGUUUAGAGGUCUCAAGCAAAUCUUUCAUGCAGUGAGCUUUCACUGUACAAAUUUAAAGAAUAUUUUCUCUUGAAAAUACCACACGGUCACCUCGGAGAUAUGCUACCAUUGAGACUACUAGCCGUGAGGUCAGCUGCGUCCCUGUCCAGCAGGGCGCUCAGUGUUAGUUCUGCCUGCCAUCAGGGGAAGGCUCCCGACAUGAAUGAUGGAAACAAAGAUUUGCUUGUGUCCAAUGUUAGAAACAGGCUCAGGGAGAUAGUGGGAGCAUCUACAAACUGGAGUGACCAUCAGCAGGCCAUGGCGGAGCGGGCGUCCCUCAGCUCCCUAUUGGCUAAGAGUCAGGAAGAGAUGCCUGCCAAGUCGGCCAAGGACAGCUACACAGAGGUGCACCUGCCCCUAGGAACGGACCCCACCAUCCGGGAGAAAUACCUCAACUAUCACAACAGCGUCAGGUUUGGCAGGAUUCUGGAGGAUCUGGACAGUUUAGCAGUGCUCAUCUCAUACUCCCACGCAUGGAAUAAGGAGCUCAAUCGCUCACCGCUGUCAAUCGUCACAGCUCUGGUGGACAAGAUAGAUAUGAGGAAAAACAUCAUCUACCCGGACUGCGACAUCAAGUUUACAGGAAAUGUGACCUGGGUGGGGAAGACGUCUAUCGAGGCCAAGAUGCACAUGUCCCAGUACCACAAUGGAGCUUACAGUCCAGUGCUGGAUGCCACAUUCGUCAUGGUGGCCAGGGACCCAGAAAAUAAAAGGGCGGCGUUUGUGAACCCACUCAAACUCGAGGGACCAAAAGAGGAAGAAGAUUUCCAGAAUGGAGAAUUGAAUAAGAAGCGACGUAUGGAGCUGAGCAAGGCGUCUCUGCUGAAGGCGGCUCCCACUGCAGACGAGAGGACACUCGUACACAGCCUCUUCCUCAACACACUGGACACCAAGACAGUGAGCUUCAGGAGUCGAUUACUGCCUCCAAACUCGGUGUGGAUGGAGGACGCCAAGAUGAAGGGCCUGGAGAUAUGCCACCCACAGGAGAGGAACAUCUUCAAUCGCAUAUUUGGUGGUUUCCUGAUGAGGAAGGCCUAUGAGCUGGGAUGGGCUAACGCCUGUGCCUUUGGUGGUUGUCGACCAAACCUGGUUGCCGUGGACGAUAUUCUGUUCCAGAAGCCAGUGGAGAUUGGCUCCUUACUUUUGUUAUCUUCACAGGUGUGUUACACGGAGGGUCGAUUCAUCCAGCUGAGGGUUCACACCGAGGUACUGGACCCCCUGACGGGCCACCACAACACCACUAACGUCUUCCACUUCACCUUCCGCGUGGACAAGGCAGUGCCCGCUGUAGUGCCACGCAGCUACGGAGAGUCCAUGUUGUAUUUGGACGGGAAGAGGCACUUUGACGAGACCAUGAGGGGACAGGUCUGAAGGACAAGUGGAGACCUUUUCCAACGCCUUAGAACGUUACUACAAGGUUACUGCGUAACGUUCAUAUUUUGCACCUAGAAACAAUAUACGUACGUCCACAUGUGUCUUUGUUGCUGUUGUGUGAGUGAGGGAAUAUUGGGGGUAUUCCAAGAAUCUGGCUUAGCACUGUAGUAAACCAGGUGAAGUUAACUUUGAGGUAGUGGCGAAUCAUUCAAGUAGAAGAGCCAGGAGUCCUCUUCUAAGGACGCUUGUGUUCAAUCUAUUCGCAGGUUUACCACUUCCUGUAGGUUAACUUAGUUCUUGGAAUACCCUCAUGAUCAUGUCUGAAAUGUUCAGAUGUUCACUACUGCACUGCUGUACUCCAAAGGGUGUUGGUUACAUUAUUUGGUCUACUUCAUAGUACACAGUAGAGACCUAGUGAACAUGUUGGAUUUGGCCUAUGACUGGGAAUGGGAUAUGUAAUGAUUUAGAGAUGAAAGUACAUUAUAUGCAUGCAAUGAUUGUCUGGUUACAAAUAUUUACGUUACAUAUAUUUACAUAUUUGAUAUUCAAAAGGUUUUAUGUUACUUUAAUACAAUCCUUUUGUUUACUGAUUUUUUUUAAGUUUCUAAGACUUUAAGUUACACAGUCGAACUGGUUGUGUUUUCUCAUCAUGUCAACGUCUGUUUUCUUACUGUGUGUUUGAUUAUGGAAACAUAACACUUAAAGCUCCACUGUCCAAAGCUAUGUGUUUUUAUUUGUGCACAGUCAGUCACAAUGGUGUCAUUUCACCGCGUGUCCAGUUCGUUUUCUGUCUUGUUGUCAACUAAGAGCUUAUUUGAAUGGUGUUUUGGCAGCUGUACUUGCUACAGAACGUUUCCCAGAUGUAUAGGAUAUUUUUAUUUUAUUGCACUACCUAAAGCUAUACUGUACAACCUCAAAUAGAAAACAAUACUUGUGUUCCUUGUCUUAAAUGUAAGCGAAACGCACAUCAUUUGGGUUGUUCUUUUUUUUACUCUUCUGUUUCUACAUUUGAAAUCAAUCCACCAUAUGUAAUCCAGCAAUAUUCAAUAUAUAGAGAAUCCCCUUUUUUAUAAAAUAAAUAAAUGUUUGUAUGCGGAGAGGUGA